UGUGUUUACACGUGAGGAGGCUAGGGAGAGUGGAAGCAGUACACCCUGAGUUUAAUCAUUCGCGGAAUGUGUUUUGACAUGUUUUAAGGAAACGGUUUUUAUUCGGAAAUAUUUAUAACGAUUUUUUUCCCCCAAAUAUCUGUUUAGUUUGUAUCUGUCACAGGAAAAUGAACUUGUUAGUUCGCUUUUGCUAACUCAAAAUUUUGACAUCUGCAGAGAUCAGUGUAAAAUGGGAAAACUAAAGAAGAAACACAACUGGAAGGGGAGACAGCAGGAUGAGGCUAAAGCACCAGUAAACCAAGAGCACACACACGUAGUUGUGGAACUUCAAGAUGGAGCCAGGCUCAAGGGGGUUGAUGAGAGCAACGCAUUGGUCCUCCCAGCCAGCAGAGCCAAGGGAAAGAGCGGCUGUGUGGCACCGGCCUCCAAGAAGAAGAAGAAGCAGCCUUUGACCAAGAAGCAGAGGAAGGAGCUGCACAAGGUUCUGGAACGCAAACAGAAAAAGGCCCAGAGAGCAGACAUAUUGUCUAAACUGGCUGAAGUGCAGCUUCCAGAGUCUGAACUGAAAUUGCUCUAUACCACAUCCAAACUGGGCACAGGAGACAAGCUCUACCAACUCAAACAGACAUCAGAUGAAACAAACCAUGGAGACUCUGAGCCAAAGAUCAGCAGUGUCAGUGGAGCAAACAGGAAGAGAAAAUGGAGAGAAGAGGAGGAGGAGGAGGAGGAGGAGGAGGCACAGAAAGCAGAAGAAAGUAGCGACACUUCCACUGAUGAUGAAGAUGAGGGUGAUGACGACAGAGAAGAGAAUGAAGCCAUGGAGAGCAGAGGGAGGACUGAAUCUAAAGAAACUGUCUCCCAGUGUGUGGAUGCAGAGGACAAACAGGAAGAUAAAAAAGAGCAGCCAGUAGCAGAAGAAGAAGUGAAUGAGAAGAAUAGUACAGAUGAGGAGAAAGUACAAGUCAAGAGGGAAUCCCAGCCGGCGAUCUUCAUUCCUGUCCACAGAUCAUCUGAAAUACAGGAGGCUCGUCUAAAGCUGCCUGUGCUGGCAGAGGAGCAGGUCAUCAUGGAGGCGGUGAAAGAGAACCCCGCUGUGGUUAUCUGCGGAGAGACGGGGAGUGGCAAGACCACCCAAGUGCCUCAGUUUCUGUAUGAAGCCGGCUAUGCCAGUGGCAGCGGCAUUAUCGGUAUUACGGAGCCGAGAAGAGUAGCAGCUGUCAGUAUGUCCCAGCGAGUGGCCAAAGAGAUGAACCUGUCCACACGGGUGGUGUCUUACCAGAUUCGAUAUGAGGGAAACGUGACAGAGGACACAAAGAUCAAGUUCAUGACAGACGGUGUUCUGCUGAAAGAAAUUCAGAAGGAUUUCCUGCUCCAGAGGUACAGCGUGAUAAUCAUCGACGAGGCCCAUGAGAGGAGUGUGUACACAGACAUCCUCAUCGGUCUACUGUCUCGUAUUGUCCCGCUCAGAAACAAGAGGGGGAUGCCCAUGAAGCUGCUGGUCAUGUCCGCCACUCUGCGGGUCGAGGACUUCACAGAAAACCAGAGGCUGUUCCGAACACCUCCGCCUGUUGUCAAAGUGGAUGCUCGCCAGUUUCCUGUAACCAUCCAUUUCAACAAGCGAACCCCGCUGGAGGAUUACACCGGAGAGGCUUUUCACAAGACCUGCAAGAUCCACCGCAUGCUGCCUUCAGGUGGCAUCCUGGUGUUUUUGACUGGUCAGGCAGAAGUUCACAGUCUGUGCAGAAGACUGAGAAAAGCCUUUCCUUUCAGGAGGGGCCACAGCGUCACUGGUGAAGAUGACGAGGCAGACGGUUCAGAGGCAAUGAGGAAGUUUAAGAAGGCCAAACAGAAGAAGACUGUUUCUUUACCCCGUAUCGACUUGGACAACUACUCGGCUCUACCGCUGGAUGAAGGCGACGAGGACAGAGAGGCAGAGGUCAGGGAGGAGGAGGAGGACAAUGACGAUGAAGGUUCUGACUUAGACCUGGGAGACCAUCCUGCCAACUCAGUUGAGAACGCAGACCCGUCUCUUCCGCUGUACGUCCUCCCUCUGUACUCUCUGUUGGCCCCAGAGCAGCAGGCGAAGGUGUUCAGAUCUCCUCCACCGGGCGCUCGUCUAUGUGUAGUAGCCACCAAUGUGGCCGAGACGUCUCUGACCAUCCCAGGAAUCAAGUAUGUGGUUGACUGCGGCCGAGUGAAGAAACGCUUCUAUGACCGUGUGACCGGAGUGUCAUCCUUCAAGGUCACAUGGACCUCACAGGCUUCAGCCAAUCAGAGAGCGGGCAGAGCGGGGCGAACAGAGCCAGGUCACUGCUACAGGUUGUACUCCUCUGCAGUGUUUGGAGACUUCAGUCUGUUCUCCGAAGCAGAGAUCACACGUAGACCUGUGGAGGACCUGGUUUUACAGAUGAAGGACCUCAACAUAGAGAAGGUGGUAAACUUCCCUUUUCCCACGUCUCCUUCUGCUGAGGCUCUUGUUGCUGCAGAACAGUUACUGGUGUCACUGGGAGCUCUGAAAGAGCCGCCUCGCACUGGAAGGGUGCAAGAGAUGGAGCGAGCGAGGCUGAGCUGUCCCAUCACCCCUCUGGGCAGGGCCAUGGCUUCGUUCCCCGUGGCUCCUCGUUAUGCUAAAAUGUUAGCGCUGGGUAAGCAGCAGGACUGUCUCCCUUACACCAUCGCUGUGGUCGCUGCCAUGACAGUCCGGGAGAUCUUUGAAGACCUUGACAGACCUGCAGGUAGUGAAGAUGAAAGUCAAAAGCUCACCCAGCGUCGAGCGCGGCUCACCCAGAUGAAGAAGCUGUGGGCUGGGCAAGGAGCCUCGCUCCUGCUGGGGGAUCUCAUGGUCCUGCUGGGUGCUGUUGGUGCUUGUGAAUUUGCUGGUUGUACUCCUAAGUUUUGUGAGGAGAACGGCCUGAGGUAUAAAGCCAUGCUGGAGAUCAGGCGGCUCAGAGCACAGCUUACUAAUGCAGUGAAUGCAGUCUGUCCAGAGGUGGGAGUAUUUGUAGAUCCAAAGAUGACCCCGCCCACAGAGCACCAGGUGGUCUGCUUGCGGCAGAUCAUUCUUGCUGGACUGGGAGACCAUCUUGCCAGACGUGUACAAGCAGAAGAUGCACUGGACCCAAAGUGGAAGAACGGCUACAAGACGCCUCUGAUGGACGACCCUGUGUUCAUUCAUCCCAACUCGGCACUUUUCAAAACGCUGCCAGAGUUUGUGGUCUAUCAGGAGAUCAUGGAGACCACCAAGAUGUACAUGAGAGGUGUAUCAGCCGUUGAAGCGGAGUGGAUCCCCCGGCUGCUGCCUCAGUACUCUCAUUUCGGUUCUCCGCUGGAGUCUCCGUCACCGUGGUUCUGUUCGACUACGGGCACCAUCAGAUGUCACCGUCCGAGCACCUUCUUUCGUGUGGGUUGGCAGCUGCCUGCGGUGGAGAUGGAGUAUCCAGACGGCCUGGACAGAUACAAGCUGUUUGCCAGGUUUCUGCUUGAAGGACAGAUUUGUCCAAAACUAAAGAAACACAGUGGCCACCUUCUGUCAAACCCCUCCAUCAUGUUGAAAACGUGGGCAAAGCUGCAGCCCAGGACGGAGGCUUUACUGGGAGCACUGGUUUCAAGGAAAGUUGACUGCAGAGAAGCCCUCCUCAAUGUCUGGAAGACUGACGACAAAUUCUUAUUGUCAGCAUACUGUCAGUGGGUACCGGAAUCCAUGCACCAGGAAGUAGCGAAAAGUUGGCCUCCUCAUCUGGAAAACGACUGAGGCUCAAAAUCAGCAGGAAGUCGUUCACACCUGUUAAUUAUUUUACAUGUUCUUUCCAAUGUGCAACACUGCCUUUACCACAUUUUCUAUGUCAUAUUUUAGUACUCUAAAGUGACAGUGUUACCAGGUUGACAAUACUUCAACUACAGUGUGUUUUCAGCGUGUCUGAUCUGGUCUUCAUAAGACUCAUUAAACCUCUGUGGUUCUGAAAA